AUGGCGCCCGCACGCAACCCGCCCUCGCAGUUCUCCAAGGACGAAAAGGUGCUCUGUUUCCACAUGGAUAUGCUCUACGAGGCCAAGGUAACCGACGUGCAGCCAGCGGAGAAGCCGGGCGACGGGUGGCGAUACAAGGUGCAUUAUAAGGGCUGGAAGAGUACCUGGGACGACUGGGUGCUCGCUGAUCGCAUCCGCCCAUUCGACGACGAACACCGCGAGCUCGCGGCCCAGCUGCACGCCCAGCUGCGACAGAGCAUGGCCAAGAAUAACAAGCAAGGACCUGCCGGCGCUGGUGCUGCCGGUGGCGGGAGACGGGGCGGCCUGCGUCCAGACGCCUCGAACCGGGGCAGCGAGGAGAGGGGGGGGAGUGCAGCGGCGGUGACGGGCUUGGGUGGCCGCGCCGGCGCCGGCGGUCGCCGCGGCAAGGACUGGGAGCUCGAGACCGAGGAUGCCUUCCACGCCAAACCCAUGAUUCACAUUCCAGUGCCGGACCACAUCCAGGCUAUGCUGGUGGACGACUGGGAAAACAUUACCAAGAACAACCAGCUCGUGCCGCUGCCGCACCCCACGCCGGUGACCAAGUUGUUUGCGGAUUACCUCGUGUUUGAGCGGCCGCACCGCGAGGCGGGCUCGGCCAGCAUGGACAUUCUCGACGAGGUCAUUGCCGGCUUCCGCGAGUACUUUGAAAAGUCGCUGAGCCGGAUCCUGCUGUACCGUUUCGAACGUCAUCAAUACAUGGAUAUCCGCAAGUUGUGGGACAAUCCCGGCGAAAACGCAAAGUACAAAAACGUCUGCGACGUCUACGGCGCCGAGCACCUCGCCCGUCUCAUCGUCUCUCUCCCCGAACUCUUGGCGCAGACCAACAUGGACCAGCAGUCCGUGUCCCGCUUGCGCGAGGAGAUUGGCAAGUUUACUGUGUGGCUCGGUCGCAACUGCGAGCACUAUUUCGUCAACGAGUACGAGUCGCCCUCGCAAGAGUACAUUGACAAGGCGCGCAGCUUCUAA